UUUUUUUAGCAGGAUAUCUUAGAAAAAAAUGAAUUUUAAGUCUUUAAGCAUAUUCGUUAUUGUGUUCUAUGCCAGAUUGGCAAAUUCAGUCGUUUUGGAGUUAGACGACAGAUUUCGUGAGGCGAAAAAACAGGGUGAAUGGUUGGUAAUGUUUUAUGCACCAUGGUGUGGUCAUUGUAAACAUCUCGAACCAACUUGGAUGGAAGUUGGCGAAGCUAUGAAAAAUACAAUGCCUGUGCAUGUAGCAAGGUUGGAUUGCACAAAGUAUUCAUCCCUGUCGAGUGAUUUUGGUGUUCGGGGAUUCCCUACAAUCAAGUUUAUAUCUGGGGACAACGAAUAUGAAUAUCGUGGUGCUAGGACAAAAAGUGACAUAAUUGCGUUUACUCUCAAGGCAAGAGGUCCGAAACUUACAUCUUUAACAAACUCUCUUGAACUCACAAAAACUCGUGAACUGCAUUCAGUAUUUUUUCUUUAUGUCGGAAAUGAAGACUCAGACCUUCGUGAAAUCUAUGGUUCUGUAGCAGAUAAAUUAUUCUUGACACUGAAUAUGUUUGCAGCAUCACCUGACAUCAUGCCAGAUGUGAAAGAAACACCAACGGUUCUGGUUUUUAAAGAUGACACUUAUUUUAGAAUGCCCCUGUCAUCUCAAAGCAUAAAAAAGGCACAUCUUACGCAUUGGAUGUUGUCUGAGCAGCUACCCGAUUACAAUGAGCUAACAGGUAGCUCUUACCAUUCCCUCAAAGGUACACAUAAACAAUUUGCUAUUGCUGUUCUUGCUGAAAAGGAUUACAAAUAUUUGGACACUAUUGCAAAAGAUAUAGCUACAUCACGAAACCCAUUAUUCCACCCUAAAUUUAUAUUUUGCUGGGUAUUGGGAGAUAGCAUCAUAAAUAAGAUAACUUAUAGUUCGAUCCCAACUCCGAAUUUUAUAGUUUUUGAUCCAAGUACAUACGAGUAUUUCACCAUGCGUAGUGACUCUGAUGAAACCAAAAUUGUAAAAUCGGACAUCACUAGGUUCUUGAGCAAAGUUAUUGAAGGAGAAAUUGCUUCACAAGGUGGAUCUGGCGUUUUCCAGCAAAUAAAACGUUUUGUGUCUGACACAACAAAUAUAGUCAUAAAUUUCUUUAAAGAAAGUCCGAUUGUCGCUAGUCUUGUUAUUGGCAUACCAACAUUUGUGAUCACUUUUUUAUGUUAUUGUCUUUGUACAAUGGAAGAUUCCGAAGCUGGAGAUUACCAUACAGACUCCGAAAACGAUUCUGGUGAAGAUGACAAAGAAGAGGAAGAAAGUGAGAUGAUUCCAGAGUAUCAAGAUGAUACAGAUAAAAAUGUGAGAAAAAGAAAUGUUGAACAGGACUCCCAGGAUGAAGAGUCACAGGCUGAAGAAUCUCAAGAUGAAGAAGAGCAGACAGCAAUGGAUGAAGAUGAUACAAAAGUUGAGACUGAAAAAUAUAAAUAAGUUCAAUCACUGUGACUGCUCUUACAUCUAGCCAAUUGUCAUGAUUCCACCUUAUUUCAGUCAAACCAAACUGCAAUACACAUUUUAAAUCGGAUGAUAAAUUUUCAUUUAGAUAUCUUACUGAAGGAAUCAUAUUGUGGUCCAUACACUGAUACUUGCAACACAAAGUUUCAAUUAUAUUUCACUGUUAUUUUGUAUCUGUAAGUGUGAUUGCUUUUGACAAUAGCUUGUUCGACUGAAACAAGGUGAUCUUGACUUUUGGAAUUUAACACGCGUGAUUGAGCCAAAACUUGUCUCCUCUCUAUGCAUAUUAGUGAGAUUUUAGGAUCGAGGAUAAGCAGUCAAUAGAGAUCAUCUGUACAGUGUGAAGUGUUAUAUGUUGUGAAACUGAAAUUUUUAGUGUUAUUCUUCAAGCCACUUUAUAUGUUCUGUAUCAAACUAUCAAUUAUUUAUUGAUGUUGUGCUGCUCAUAUGUAUUGGUGUUGUUAAUGUAUUCGCACCUUCCUUUUGUUUUAUUCAAGGCCUACACAAUGGCCAUUCACAGGAUAUUUGCCUGGCAUUACAAGAUAUGCACAAGGGACUGUCUGUUUUUACGAUUUUGGAAUAUAAAAAUUUGUCCGUCUCAAUCGGACUGUACUUUAACAUUGGAAAAAUAAAAUUAGAGGUUGAUAUAGGAUGAGGUGUGUGCUUUUCCUUAUGCACAAGUUCAAAAUUAUUUGCACUUCUUGCCUUCAUACAAACAUUUAAUGAUUUCUAUUUGUUUACAAAAUUUCAAACAACUCUUUGAAAGCUACUCGGUUGUAAUCUGGGAGUUUAAUAUGUUUUCUUGUUUGUCUGAACAAGGGUAUUUUCUAUAAAUCUUUAGUUGUUUUCAUAUUCAGAAUCAUUAUUUCAUUCACUCGUAUUUCUUGAUGAAUUCAUCUAAAUUUCAGUUGCAAUGUAUUGUGGGAACUGCUUAUUUGCUGUAACAUGUAGGCUACAUUUUUGAUUAUCCCACAUUUCCACUCCAGUGAUUUUUUGAUUUUGGUUAGGUUUGAUUUAGAGUUCCUAAAAUUAUUCCAUUUUAAUAGUUUCGGAUUUUGCCAUUUUUAGUGUAAUACUUUUGUUUCAGAAUUACUGUUGGAUAGAAAUUUUGAUUUAAAUGGAGCAUACUGGUAUAUACGGCAGAUUCGAAUAGUUAACAGUUUUCACUGAAUUAUCACUUAAUUAACCAAAAUAUUUCAUUUCACUUUAAAAUGGUCUAAGUCGGUGUUUCCCAACCUCCCUGUCGUGACCCGAAACUGGGUCGUCUAAAAAUUUUCUUGGGUUGUCGGUUUUUCAACAAAAACCUAAAAGUAAUUUUUUUUUUUCAAAAAAUUUCAUUGUUAAUAUUUUAUUCGGUAUUGAGGUGUUGCCCAAAAAUAAUUGUAUAUAUGGGCAUCACAUGGCAGAUUUAUUUCGCUCAAAUGAAGCCAAGCCACAUUGUCAAAAAGUGAUGGCAAACAUCAACUUUCUUAUCUUGAGGUAUUUUCUGGGGAAACAAUGUUGGUCUGUCAUUAGAUCAAGAUUCAUGUUUUUCAUCUAAGAAACCGCAAUUUUGAUUGGUUGAUUUGAUUUUCAAAAUCAUUUAAGAUUUGAUGUACAUUUCUGUUUAUGAUUAUAUAUGCAUGAUAUGUUCAUCAUAUUUCACCUGUGAACUGCAAUAGCUGAGUACUGUUUUUCACUGUUCCAAGCAUUCUCAUUACGUUGCUGAUUGUGUCACACCUGUGAUCGAAUCAAUUACACAUCUACAUGGGCGUUUUUUGUAAUUGAUCGUGAGAGAUUUAGUUUUUGGCUGGCGAAGUGUUGCGAGUUUAAAAGUAAUUUUGCUUGAAAA